GUGCUCGGUGCUGCACAAAAUCCUCCUCCCUCCUUGCUUUCACAAUCAAAGUAGCAUUAAAUCCAUUUCAAACUCAUCCACCUGGGAAAACCCAAUCCCUAUCCCUGAUGACCACUGCAUCCCUGUGCUCUUAUUGAUCAGUUUGGUUUCAUUCUUAUCCCCCUCCUUCACAGGCAGCCGUUGGGGCGGAGGAAGGGGCCGGCUCAGGUGUGGCAUUAGGACCCAGCGGAUCCCCCAUGUUGGAGGUAGGAGCUUUGCUUUUUGGGUUGUUUUUUAGGCUUUUAACUCAUUUCGGAGUUUUGGGAAGCGCGAGAAGGGACCCGGCCGAGGGCAGAGCCAGCACCGACACCGCGAGAGACUCCGGCUGCAUCCCGGCCCGCGCUGCCCCUCCAUCGCUGCUGUCAGGAUGAGAGCGCUCGGGCUCUUCCUGCUGUGUGUGCCAGCAGCGCUCCUGGUCCAGGCGCAGUACAGCAGGUUUGAAGGCAUCACCUACCCCGAGCCGGUGCAAUAUUCCCAGUACGACCAGCAAUCAGAAAUUCAGGAUUACUACGACUAUCACGAUGUCACCCCCCGUGCCCCUGAGGAGCAGUUUCGGUACCAGUCCCAGCAGCAAUCCCAGCAGGAAGUCGUGCCGGCUCCAACCCCAGCUGCUGUCCCCGAGACUGAGCCCACGGAGCCAGGACCCCUUGACUGCCGGGAGGAGCAAUACCCCUGCACCAGGCUCUACUCCGUGCACAAGCCCUGCAAGCAAUGCCUGAAUGAGAUCUGCUUCUACAGCCUCCGCCGGGUUUACGUGAUCAACAAGGAGAUCUGCGUCCGCACCGUGUGCGCCCACGAAGAGCUGCUGCGAGCCGACCUGUGCCGGGACAAGUUCUCCAAGUGUGGGGUGAUGGCCACCAGUGGGCUCUGCCAAACCGUCGUCGCCUCCUGCGCCCGCAGCUGCGGCGGCUGCUGAGCUCCGGGGCCCCCCCCCAAUCACCGGGACCCCCCGAAACCCCCUUCCCCAUCCCUGGAUCCUGGUCUCCCGGGUCCCCGUCCCGCUCCGGAGCCUCCUCACAUGGUGCUAACGAAACGGUGCAUGAAAGAACAUAAGAAAAGGUCCAUUUUUGUGCACAUAAUAAGGAAAAAAAAGGGGGGGGGGUAUUAUUUUUAUGACUUUCUUUAUUAUAUUGUAAAAGGGGGGGCGGCGGCAGCCCCCGUCACCCCGUUUUCUAUGUAGAGUAUCCAAGAGAUAAAGCGGAAGGGUCACUCGG